AGACACCCCGUGAACGCAUAUUCGUGUCGCUGUGACGAUGCCCCUGCCACAGAAUCCUUUCCGGACACACUGAUAUAACGGGAAAAUCCUUUACCGUGUAACUAAACAUAACGUGUGGAUUUCAUGUGGAUUUUAGAGUGAAGGUUAACGCGUGUGGAGAGGAGAGUCUUCUUCGUUCUUUUAAAAGUGGGCGUUUUUCGUGUGUUCAAGUGGUUGACGGGUUGAUUGAAGGAAGAGCUGUGCCUAGGCGCUUUUCGUAGAGGAAACUGGUUGUACUUAUAAAGGCGCGGUAGAAACCUCGAUCAAAGCAACAUGUUUCGGAUCCAGUACCAGAAGUUCGAGAAUGAGAUGACCAUGCCGGCGCCCGAGAAGGAGGUGGGCGGGGCGAUCUCUCCCGGUGACUCCGCCCCCAACGGCUCCGUCGACCCGUCGCAGCUCAACUUCCAGAUCAGUGGCCACGCCCAGGAGACCAACGGAAAACUAGCAAGCCGUCAUGACGUCAUCUCAAUCGAAGAAAUUAACGGCCCCGGAGACGCACGUGACGAGAAAGACGAGGAGGCGUUUAAUGAAGCGGAGGAUGAAGAGAACCAGGUGUGGCAAAGGACGACCAAGUUCCUCGAGUACGACGCCGAGCAACAUGAGAUCGAGGUCGAGAUGGGCUUCGUGGACCCUUCCAACCCCCCCGUGCCAGGAUGCAACCUCUACUACAUGCAGUGGAGAACAAGACGCUUCGUUGAACACUUCGUCGUGCGAGUGCUGACUGCGUUGCUGAUCUUGGUCGACAUGGUGAUCCUGUUCGUCGAUCUGUUCAACGAGCCCGCGCCCAAUGACCCAAUCGAGUAUUGUUCUCUCGCGUUCUCCACCUAUUUCAUGAUCGAAGUCACGCUCAGGAUAUUCGGACUCGGGCCACAGGUGUUCUUCAGAGCCUGGCACAAUGUUCUCGACUGUUUCCUCGUCGUGUUCACCUUCAUCCUCUCCGUCGUGACCGUCUGUGUGGAGAACAUGUCGUCUAACCCAGUCAGCCUGAUCGUGAUCCUGCGCCUGAUCCGCCUGGUGCGCAUCACUCGCAUCAUCUGGCAGCGCGAGGACCUCAAGAUGGGCGCGCGGCAGUUCGUGUCCCAGAACAAGAGGCGGUACCAGCAAAACGGCUUUGACCUUGACCUCACCUACGUCAUGCCAAGGGUCAUCGCCAUGUCCUUCCCGUCCAGUGGCAGGAUGUCUAUGUAUCGGAAUGAUAUCAAGGAAGUGGUUCGGUUCAUGGACACGCAGCACGCGGGACACUACCGGAUCUACAACCUGUGUUCGGAGCGCCACUACGAUGAGUCGCUGUUCCAUGGCCGGGUCGAGCGGUUCCUCAUCGACGAUCAUAACGUUCCUCCUCUGACCGCCGACAUGAAUGAAAUAUCAACCUUCAUCACCUUAGAGAAGAGCAAAGGCCUCGUCCACAUCCAGUUAAUUAAUGCACCUGUUGUACGCGGGGACACAAGAGUCAUGUUCUUCACAGACAGUAGGAAUAUUCCAAAAGGAUAUGAAAAUAGUCCAUUCUUCUUCUGGUUCCACACUGGCUUCAUAUCCGGAGGAAGACUUGAACUGAGUCGUCACGAGCUGGACAACCCACACAAGAGCAAAACGUGGAAUGUGUUUCAGGAGGAUUUCGGUGUUACUGUUGAAUUCGAAGAGGACACCAUGACAAAAGCCUAUUAACCAUUUUUCUAAUUACUAGUAACAUCUUGAUUUCCAAUAUAAGGUGUUAAAUUUGCAGCUCUACAGGUGAAGGAAGGGAAAUCAAGCUAUUAAAAUUUUUGGUUUAAAAUAUAAGAAAAAAAAGAAAAAAAUUGCAUUGCAGAGUAGCUAAUGCCAAACUUCUUAAAGAUGGGUUGAAAUCUAAGAAUACAUUACAUAUCUUAAUUUAACUUAAUCUGCAAAGUUUAGAAUGGAGAUUUAGAGAGAGAGAGACUAUGCUAGACUAGAGUUUGCUAUACUUCUAAAUGCAGUAUCUUUGUUGACUCUCCUUAUGAGUCUCCUGCAACAUGGCCUUCCUAUAGAAAUAUAAUUACAAUAUUGAAUGAUAUUUUAGAAUAAUUCCAUUUCAGAAAAGCUAAUUCAAUUUCUGUUGUUUGACAAUAAGAGCGUGUUAUUUAUAAAUCGUAAAUACGGAAUAUGAACUUUUUUUUUUCUUAUGGAAUAAACUGAUUAAAGAAUAUAUAUAUUUACUUGGUGCUCUUGAAAAUGAAAACAUUGCAUAAUAUGUACUGCCAAUGUACCAUACAUCAGUAUUUAUUUAUGAGUUCAGUUUCUGUGACUGAAAAUAUAAACAGAUCUUAUUACUAUUAAUCUUACUGCUGCUGUUGAUAAAACUGAUUGAUUGCUACUGUGGGAAAAUAAUCCAUUGUCUGUAUAAGGUGCAAACCAACCUUUCAGUUUACAUUCAAAUAAUAUAUUAACAGCCAAUCUUUGCUCAGGGUAACUUUUGUAAGGCAUUUUUUACCAUCCUAUUGACAUUAAUGGGCAAUAGUAGUUGAUUCCAUGAAACUAAAAUAUCCAUGAAUUAUCAACAUCAUAAUGUAUCACUGUUGCCCUCUGUAUGUUUUAUUUUAGUCUUCUGUGUAGUUAUAUUUCUUUGGAUAUAUUAUGUAUUUGUAUGAAUGACCGACUCAAUUAAUUUUUGUUCAUACUGUGAUAUAUGUCCAAACUUAUAAUUUCCGUCGCUAUUAUUUAUGCUUAUAACAAUAAUUUACAAGUAUAUACUUCCCUAUCUAACCUUUUUGGAGCACUGUUUGAUUGUCUUAACCCUGUGAUAAAGAACAUCAUGAUCAUUACAAACAUAUAUAUAUCCCAUUUUUCCUUUCAUAUUACUCUCAGAGAAUAUACCUCUACCUACUGUUGUACUUAUCAUCAUCAUAUUUAUGUAAAUAUGUACUAAUAUGUCAGUUUCUCUACGAAGAAUCAAGUGUAAAAUAUUUCUACUCAAUUUAGAAUGUUUCAGUGUUUUGUAUCUACACACUCUUACAUUCAUGUCCAGUUGACUUACCAUGGAUAUACACUUUAUCUUCUGUGAUUUAAUAUAAAAGCUUGGAAAAAAAAAGGAUUUUU